GGACCUCAACCAGGAUAAAAUUUUCCCAUUCUUCCUUACAAGUUGCUACAUUGGGAAAAAAAAAAAAAAAAAAAGGUGGUUGAGGCUCAAUGCACUAUAGCCUCAAUUUUAUUUUUUUUGGAAAAAAAGGUAAGGCCACCAAGUGGGGUCACAGCUCUAAAUCCUCAUCACUGUAUCACCUUUGUUGUAUUUUUGUGUAUGAAAAAUCCAGUCACUUUGCCCAACACAGAGCACUCCUCAGUCCUCACCCUUUUCACACUCACAAAUAACCAACAUUAGUGUGUUUUAUCUUCUGCACCUUUCUUCAUCCCCAGCCUCUGUUUAUCCUCAUCUUAUCAUGUCUGCUUUUGUAUUUGCACUCCUCCUUUUGGCCAUGGCCGGCCACUCAAAUGCUGCAUGGUGCGCUUGCAAAGGAUUGAGUGAUUCAGUGUUGCAAAAGACACUGGACUAUGCUUGUGGAGCCGGGGCGGAUUGCAACCCGAUCCAUCAAAACGGACCUUGUUUUAACCCGAAUAGCGUAAGAGCUCACUGCAAUUUUGCUGUAAACAGCUAUUUCCAGAAGAAGGGCCAAGCUGCCGGGUCAUGUGAUUUUUCUGGCACCGCCACUGUUACCGCAACUGACCCCAGCCCAGCUGGCUGUGUUUAUCCUGCUACUGCAAGUAGCACCACUCCGACGACCACCGGCCCCACCACGGGCACAGCCAACACCGGCGGAUCUCCUUACGUUACAAAUCCAAACUCAGGCGUAUUAGGAGGUGUCAACAACGGUUUAGGCCCGUCGGGUGCUGGCAUGAACACAGAUAUAAGCCAUGGUGGGAUUUCAUUUCAACAGGGGACCCUGUUUUCCUUUAUGACAGUUACUAGCAUUAUUUCUGCACUUGCAUUAUUUUGAUCUGAAUAAGAGAAGUUCCACUGUUUGUGUACCAUAGGAUAGUUGUGGGGUUUAUGUCAAAAUUGUAUGAGCAGAAGGGGGCAUGUACCUAUAUAUGCAUGUGAUGUUAUAUUAUUAUAAUUGUUGGUAUGUUUGGAGUGGUUCGAAUUUGUUUUUGAUGUCAAAGUUAAUAGUUUUUUGACUCC